UUGCACUAACGCACAAAGACAAGAAGUCAUGUCUGUGAGUAGAAAGACGACGGACGCCUUGCCUCAAACUGAGGGUGACGGUGAUUAUGCAAAGCACAACACCCCUAACAGCAGGUCCUGCACUUCCUCCAAACCGUGCUGUGGCUCGCACCGGCAACAUGACUCGUGCUACGAAGACUCGAUUGACUCGCUCAAAGGCAAGACCUCGCAGAGCAAGUCAUCAGACAGGGGGCAGAGGUCAAAACAAGGUCGGGCAAAGACGGGUAAAAAAAGUCUGGACAAUCAUCAAACUCCAUACAAGCCCUUGCAGACAAGGCUUGAGAAUGACAUACUGAUGAACACCAAGGCCCUGAAGAGCCAGGUGUGGGACCUGCAACGGCAACUGUCUGAGGCACAUAAUGAGAACAAACUUCUGAAGCGUGUCCAGCAUCGCUACAUGGUGGCACUGAAGCACUUUGAAGACUCAGAGGACAACAUCACUGAGACAAUCACCAAGCACAGGAACGAGGUUCGGGCCCUGCGAGCGCAUCUCCAUGACACCCGCAGGUGCAGGAAUCACCUGUUGAAGAAGCUACGGGCCACAGAGUACGAGUUGCAGACCACAAAAAACUCCCUGCAGCAUCUGCAGAAACUCAGCCAGGAUCAAAGCCUGCUGGAGAAAGAGGAGCUUGUCCGCAUGCUGGACAAAGCCACUGCCGAGCUCGAGGAGAAGGACAAGAAGAUUCUGUACCUGGAGAGGGACUUUCAGCUGUGCAAAGACUCAUUCAAUCGCCAGUUAGCAAGUAUGAAGAGAAAGCUCAGCCAGGCAAAAAGCUUUUCCACCGAUCUACAGGAGCAGAUUUGUCUGUUGACCAAGGAAAAUGAAGAACACACAAAAAAGCUACAAGCACACAAUAUUUACUCCAAUCGAUUUGUGAAAGGAGCACCCAAACUAGACAAAGAAAACAAGGUGGUUCAGACUCAUGGGUUAAUUCUUCUCCCCGUUUACCACUCACCUUCCCCUCGAGGUGUUUCUGAAAUAAAGGUUUCUUUUGAAACAAAACAUCAAGAAACCGCUAGUAAUGUCAUGUCAGAGGAGAGUUACCUGGAGGUUACAGAUGUCAAUAUAGACAAUUUCUCCUCAGAGUCAGAGGAGGAGUUAUUCGAGCUAUUCGAAGAGCCAGUAAGGUCAGAUUUUGAGAUAUUAGAAAAGCCAGUAAAGUCAGAAUCAGUGAUAUUCAAAGAGCCAGCAAAGUCAAAAUCAGAUAUAUUCGAAGAGCCAGUAAAGUCAGAAUCUGGGAUAUUAGAAGAGCCACUGAUGUUACCAGAAAUGCAGAAAAUAGAGGAACGUGAAAGCAAUGAGACGUCUCUGAAUACAACCCAGUCAAAUAGACGAGAACACAUGCAACCACAGAACCCACAAAUCAAAAAGAGCCUUACCUUUCAAACCCCUCAGAGCCUGCUCAAACUAACCUGCUCGAGGCCUGAAAGGCACGGGUCCUCGUGAAUGUAUCUAUCAAUAUUGUACGAUAUAGAAAAUAGCAAACUAUGCAGCAGUAACCUGUAGCCCUG